UGCAGGAAAAAGACAAAAACUUAGUUUAAUUUUGACAGUCACGGGAAGUGAACGUGUUGUUUGUAAUCUGAAGAUCAAAUAAAUUAAUCAUGCCAAAGAAACUAAAAGUUGUCGUAAAAUCCUUGUAUUCUCAUGAGAUUCGUAAAGAUGUGAGUUUGGAAAGCUUAAAGUCAUUGAAGCUUGAAGAUGCCUGGCCUUUCAUCAGAGAAGAAAUUGAAAUAGAAAUUGGUAGCAGCCAGCUUGUCUGUAUACCUCAUAUUACUGAAGCCGAUCUCUAUAAAGUCACGUCUCUUUUUGUACCAAAUGAGAAACCAACAAACGGUAAAAUGUUUACACCAUUGGGCGAGCUUAAGAAGAAUAUAAAUCCGGCUAAAUCGAAGCCUGAAUAUGUGAGCUGGCUUGAGGAAAGUGAUUUUCAAGAUACUAGUUUUAAAUUUCCUCACGAAAGCGUUAAGAUUACACUACAAGAUGAAUCUAUUAAGAACAAAGUCAGAGUGAUUAUGGUAAAUUUCACAAAGACCACCAUUCCAAAGGACAAGGACCUGGUCAAUAAUAUUUAUUUGGACACAGAAAAUAUUAAAGAAUUGAAAGGCAAGAAAUCAGUCUAUAUGAUAACCAGUGUGCUCAUGGCGAAAACAAUUGAAUUCAGAGUAACUCGGGGAACAUCAUCUAGAAUCUUCCAUUUGGGAAAUGCUUCCCCCUUAGUCUUUGGCCUGGAGGAGUUUGUAAUUGACGAUGAUGGAAAAAUCAUUGCAAAAGUACCAGUGACCAUCAAGUCUAAGAGUCUUCAUUGGAAAAAGUUGGAUCCCUCGGAUCACCUGUACAUCGUCGACAAGGCGGUCGAGUGUGAAGAGUAAUCUCAAUAUCAAAAACCUAAUUGGAUUUAAUUGUAGUGCCUACCAGGGCUUGCAUUUUAUAAAAUACUUGAGUAUUGUAAUGCUUAGAUGGCAGUUCUAUGAAGUAGGCAGUAACACGCUAUUCUGUGUUUGAAAAUUACGCUAUAAGAAGGUUAUGAGCCUUAUUUAUUUUUUACAUGUACCUAGAUUAAAAAACCUUCCUCAUAGAUACAAAAAUAAGUUUUAGAUUUUACUAUACAAUUUGAUAUUGUAUCUUAAAUAAUAUUAUCUUAAUUUAUAUCCUAUCACAAUAUUUUUUAUAAAAUGAUUAAUGAAUAAUCAUUCAAAUUGAUAUUUUGCUGAAUAAUUAAGAAAAUAUUGUCAUUGAAAAAUAAUUAAUUUACAAUAAUUGUAUUACAUUUGUUGAUGUUGCUAAAAGAAGAUAUUAUGUAUCUAGAGUGUUUAAGAUACUAUUUAGGUUGUAGGUAAUGUACUUAGCUUAGUACUUACUAUGUUUGUUGCAUAGACAUGACAUUGUCUUGGAAAUUGUUACUUUAAUAAUAUCACAAAACACUACUGAAACAUGUUUUUCAUGCACAUACAUUCCAGCACUUAAAAAUAUCUUUAAAAUUAAUUAAUCUGUGAUUGUUUGAGUACCAUGUGACAACUGUUCAGUUAUUUUUAAGAUUUUGUGAUCAUUAAGUACUUAAUGUGAUUUUAUUAACAGAUGUACUGUUGAGUAUCAGUAUUGAAAUAAAUUUUAUUGUGUGUA